CAUAUAUAUAUACUUGCAGCAAUAUAUCUCCAUUCCCUACCCUUGCACACUCAACAUGGAAGCUAAGAGUGGUCUUUUUGCAGGGUCUCUUAACAGCAAUGAACUUGUGGUCAUCCAAAAACAAAAUGAGCCUAAGGCAGUGAAAAACUUGGAUGGUCAAGAUUGUGAGAUAUGUGGUGAUUCUGUAGGGCGUACAGUAGAAGGAGACUUAUUUGUAGCUUGUGAAGAGUGUGGCUUCCCUGUUUGCAGGCCAUGCUAUGAGUAUGAAAGGAAAGAAGGGUCUCAAAAUUGCCCUCAAUGCCAUACAAGAUACAAGCGUAUCAAAGGAAGUCCAAGAGUGGAGGGAGAUGAAGAUGAAGAAGAUGUGGAUGAUAUUGAACAAGAAUUUAAAAUGGAAGAGGAAAAGUACAAGCUUAUGCAUCAAGAUAAUAUGAAUAGCAUUGAUGAUGAUGAUACAAAAUAUAGGGAGCAACCCCUAUAUUCUCACAGUAUUGGAGAAAAUUCAGAUGGUGCAAAAUUAGAUAACAAGGAGAAAACAGAUGAGUGGAAGCAGCAAGGAAAUCUGUUGAUUGAAACUGACGCGGUUGAUCCAGAAAAGGCCAUGAAAGAUGAAACUAGACAGCCACUAUCAAGGAAAGUAGCAAUACCUUCAGGAAGACUCAGUCCUUAUAGAAUGAUGGUUGUGGCUAGGCUCAUCCUUCUAUUACUCUUCUUUGAGUACAGAAUCUCCCAUCCAGUACCUGAUGCAAUUGGACUUUGGUUUAUAUCGGUAUCAUGUGAAAUCUGGCUUGCAUUGUCAUGGAUAGUUGAUCAGAUUCCCAAAUGGUUUCCCAUCGAUCGCGAGACAUACCUUGACCGCCUUUCAGUCAGGUUUGAGCCGGAAAACAAGCCCAACAUGCUUUCUCCAAUAGAUAUUUUUAUAACAACCGCAGAUCCAAUCAAGGAACCACCUCUUGUUACAGCAAAUACUGUUCUUUCAAUUUUGGCACUAGAUUAUCCUGCAAACAAAAUUUCAUGUUACGUUUCUGAUGACGGCGCUUCCAUGCUCACCUUUGAAGCUCUUCAAGAAACAGCUGAAUUCGCGCAAAAAUGGGUACCUUUCUGUAAACAAUUCUCUACAGAGCCGCGAGCACCUGAGAAGUAUUUCUCUGAGAAGAUAGACUUUCUUAAGGAUAAGCUUCAACCCACAUACGUAAAAGAACGCCGUGCUAUGAAGAGAGAAUAUGAAGAGUUUAAGGUGAGAAUAAAUGCGCUUGUGGCUAAAUCUAUGAGAGUUCCAUCAGAAGGUUGGAGUAUGAAGGAUGAAACACCAUGGCCGGGAAACAAUACAAAAGAUCAUCCAAGUAUGAUACAAAUACUUCUUGGUCACAAUGGAGGAGACAGUGAAGGAAAUGAACUUCCAUCUCUUGUCUACAUUUCUAGAGAAAAAAGACCUGCAUUUCAACAUCACACAAAGGCCGGUGCAAUGAACGCCUUGCUUCGUGUAUCGGCAGUAUUGAGCAAUGCUCCUUUUGUGCUCAACUUGGACUGCAAUCAUUAUGUGAAUUACAGCAAAGUUGUGAGAGAAGCCAUGUGUUUCUUUAUGGACAUUCAACUUGGGAAUAGUAUUGCCUUUGUUCAGUUUCCACUAAGAUUUGAUAGUCUUGAUAGGAAUGAUCGUUAUGCCAACAAAAACACUAUUUUAUUUGAUAUCAACUUGAGGUGCCUAGAUGGAAUUCAAGGACCUGUUUAUAUUGGAUCAGGUUGUAUAUUCAGAAGGAAAGCUUUAAAUGGCUUUGAUCCUCCUAAGGCGUCAAAACGCUCUCGAGUCGUACAAGUUCACUCAAAACAGGAUGAAAAUGAAGAGGAUGGGAGCAUUAUAGAAGCAACUGAUGAAGAGAAGCAGCCAUUGCAAUUAGAUAAGGAUACUGAAAACAAAUUUGGAAAGUCUACACUCUUCAUGAAUUCUUCAUUGACAGAAGAAGGUGGCGUAGAUCCUUCUUCAACUCAAGAAGUCCUGCUUAAAGAGGCCAUUCAUGUCAUGAGUUGUAGCUACGAAGACCGGACACUGUGGGGAUACGAGGUUGGUAUGAGCUAUGGAUCUAUAGCAUCAGAUAUUCUAACAAGUUUAAAGAUGCAUACUCGUGGUUGGAGAUCGGUAUACUGCAUGCCGAAAAGAGCUCCUUUUAGGGGAACAGCCCCAAUCAAUCUUACAGAAAGACUUAACCAAGUUCUUAGAUGGGCAGUAGGAUCACUUGAGAUUCUAUUCAGCCACCACUGUCCAAUAUGGUAUGGUUUUAAAGAAGGAAGACUCAAGCUGCUCCAAAGGAUUGCCUAUAUUAACAGCACUGUCUAUCCUUUUAGUGCAUUGCCUCUCAUAAUAUAUUGUAUCGUUCCGGCUGUCUGCUUGCUCACUGAUAAAUUCAUCACACCAUCGGUAGGAACUUUUGCAAGUCUGGUAUUCAUUUCUCUAUUCAUAUCAAUCUUCGCCUCUUCUAUUCUUGAAUUGAGAUGGAGUGGAGUUAGUCUUGAGGAAUGGUGGAGAAAUCAACAAUUUUGGGUCAUUGGAAGUAUAUCAGCACAUCUCUUUGCAAUUGUACAAGGCCUAAUGGGAAGAUUCCUUGGUAGAUUUAAUGCACAUUUCAACAUUGUAUCGAAGGCACCAGACGAUGAUGGCGAGUUUAACGAACUGUACACCAUUAGAUGGACAGUACUACUAAUACCUCCAACCACAGUGACUAUAUUCAACAUUAUCGGUAUUGUUGCUGGUUUCACAGAUGCUAUAAAUAGUGGUGAACAUGAAUGGGGAGCAUUGAUUGGGAAACUGUUCUUUUCUUCAUGGGUUAUUGCUCAUCUUUAUCCUUUCCUUAAAGGACUAAUGGGAAGACAGAAUAGAACACCAACUCUUGUUGUCAUUUGGUCUGUGCUUUUGGCUUCUAUCUUUUCUUUGGUUUGGGUAAGAAUCGACCCUUUUGUGUUGAAAACUAAGGGGCCUGAUGUUAAGCAAUGUGGAAUUAGUUGUUGA